AAUGGUUGUACUGUCACAAUAUGUCGGGAUGGCAUGUUCCUCCCUUCUCCUUUGUUGAGUACCUCUACAACAUUAACCAUGUAAGGCGUCGUAAGUAUAAGGUCGCCAUGGCAACGUGCGGCGUCAGUGAGGUCAGCUGGUCCCUCUGGUUAGCCUGCUGUGCCUUGACCUCCUGAAGGGGUACCUCGCACACGCCCCCACCAGGCACCCGGGCAGCCACGCCACGCCACGCCCUGAGGCAGCCACGGGUCACCUGGGGGAGCGGGUGAGGGCAGGGCGUGUGGAGGGGCGGGGCUGGCGGCAUGCUGGACCCACCUUGAGGAAUCAAAGACGAAAAUAAAGUAAUUGAGACGUAGCCAUGGCGGACCUCAGGAAGCAGGAGAGUGUGGACGACACCAAGAAGAUUGUGCACACCUACCCUCUGCUGCGGCACACAGACAUGUCCGACGAGAUGAAGACGGAGACCAUGGAGCUGAUAGUGACAGCGUGUGAGAAGCACCAGACCAACAAUGAGAGUGCUGCCAGGGUCAUCAAGGAGACCAUGGACAAGCGCUAUGGGGCCACCUGGCACUGUGUGGUGGGUGAGGCCUUUGGGUUUGAGGUCUCCUAUGAGGUGAAGAACUUGCUGUACAUGUUCUUUGCAGGCAACCUGGCCAUUGCUGUGUGGAAGUGUUGCUAGCAGCCCCUACAGCACACAGCACAGUCAAUCUCUGCCUGGUUAAAGUUAAGAAUGCAUGUAUGUCCUCACCACUAACAAGUAAAGGUGUAGUUUUGUGAAGUCCAUUUUCUUAAGUGUAAAUGUUUGUAUAUAUGACCUACUAGGCAAAGUAUUUUUGGGUGACUGUAUUUUCUCAGCUACUAAAUCAUGUACAAGUAUAGUAUUAGUACUAACCUGUGAUUUGUUCUUUUCUGUGUGACAGGUUACCAUUUUGGGAGCUGUUCCAAGAGGUUUAAGUUUGAUGUGAUAGUUUUCUUUGCUGUAAGUGUAGAAAGCAAGACAAUACCAUCCAAUACUCACAGUACAAACAGACCUCCACAAGCUUGCAUUUUUACGGGGCACAUCAAGUUCAGUUUGCUCAAGUUCUCAGUUGAAUGUUUAACUUGUGUGAGCUUAAUGCACACAGGAAAUGGCAAUGUUAGAACUGUCUCUACAUUUGUCACAGAAAACAGCUUUAAUUAACUCAUAUAAGUAUGGCAGUUAUUUGUUAUUUGUCUUAGUAUUAGUUGUACCUGCUCCAUAAUACUCAUUGAGCAUGUAUUGAUGGUGUGUGUCUGCUCUUCAUUCUUUACUGGUGCUUCAGCGAUGGGUGCUUAUCUACCGUACUUCUCUUUAAGCAUAAUUUUUAAUACAUUAUUGCUCUCUAAAGCAUUUACUGGAGACAUUCCUUAUCUUAAGAUUAAUUAAGAAUUUGCAAAAAAUACUCAUUUUAUCCUUAAUUUUAAAGCAUUCAUUGGGUGCUUCUUACUCAUAUUAAGCUUAAUACAAAAAUCUGCUAAAAAUACUCAUAUAAUCAUAAGUUUUGACUGGGUACUUUUUACUUAUCUUAUGCCGAAUGCAAGAAAUGAAUUAAAAUUACUCAUAUUUAUUAUUAUUAGUUUUCAAUGUGAAAAAUAAGAAGCACAAUUUGGUAAUUAGAUUCCUCAGUUAGGACAUGCCUGGAUGCAACAAAUGCCUUAGAACUAUAUCAGGGUCUGCUUUAUGCAGUUAGUAACACAGUUAGGCAACACAGCAGCUAACAACACAUAGGUACUAUAGUUUAAGAGAAUGUUAUUUUCAUUCCAUUAAGGAAACCACUUGAUCAUCUCCCACUACCUCAAGAAGGCUGAGAAUGACGAGUGUGUUGACUAGAAAAGAACAUUAUGGAGGUUUUAUGUCAAGUGAAUGUAAAGAGUAUAGUUCAGAGGAUCUUUGUGUUCAUUCCAUCAAGGAGAGCACUGACCUUCUCCCUGUGGAUCCAUAAUGCAGAUGUUGCAAAGUAAACAUUCAAUAAAUCUACAAACAAUA